AUGGUCUCGCUUUACAAUGCCUCCAUCCCCAUGAUGCUCAAAUAUCUGGGCAAUCUCAAAGUCAUCCUCACAAAAGCUGAACAGCACUGCAUCGCCAAAGGCCUCAACCAAGAAGAGAUGAUCAACCUCGACUACCAAGUCCAAUCAAUCUCCAACACCGCAAAAUUCCUCGCCACCCGCGUAGCUCGAGCCCCAGACACCUACUUCCCCGACGACGAAACCACCUUCCCCCAACUCCAAUCCCGCGUCGACGCCACCGUCGCCAUCCUUGCCGCCCUAGACCCGGAAACCUCCAUGCCCGCCGGCCGCGAAGACGACGAGAUUCUGAUGGAGACGAAAUCCAUGGGAACCUUCCGCUUCACGGGCUACUCGUACGUCGUCCAGUACGCCUGCCCAAACUUCCACUUCCACCUCGGCUCCGCCUACUGCAUCCUCCGCCAUCUGGGGGUGCCCCUGACGGCCUUUGAUUACCUCGACACGCAGCGAGAUCUGAUUAUUGUUGCCGGCGUCGGCGAGGAUUGCAUCUGGUUUGAGAAGGAAGCAGCCGGCCUGAUGAACCACUUUCCCUGUCUCGUGAUCCGAGGGACAUGUGCCUACGCCGACUCCCAGAAGAACGAUCGAUGGCAAUGCUACGCCUCGGCCAUGGCCGCUGCGUACGCUCAGGAGCUCUUGACCUACGUGUCGGUCGCGGGAGUACAGGAGACCAAGAGAGCACUAGACGUGCUUCACUUGGGUCACUCCUUGCUUUGUUCACUGGGAUCAGACUAG